AUCAGACCUCGACCUCACUCAUCCUCCAGAGCUCCAACAAUCACGAUCAUGGCAGCCACGGGUCAAUCCACGGGGAGUGUCCCCCCAAACUCCACCGUCUACGUUCGGAAUCUAGAGGAGCGCAUUAAGAUUGAACAACUCAAAGUCGCCUUGGAGGAAAUUUUCUCUGAGUUUGGGAAUGUGGUUGAGAUUGUCGCCAAAAAGAAUCUCAAGGCCAAGGGGCAGGCAUUCGUUGUCUUCGACAACGUUGAAGCCGCGACCCGCGCCAUUGAGGACGUGAAUGGCUUCGAGCUCUUCGACAAGCCCAUGGUCUUGGACUAUGCAAAGACUAAGAGUGACGCGACAGUCCUACGUGAGGGUGGUAACGACGAGCUGGAAUCUCACAAACGGAGGCGUCUAGCUGAGAAAGAGCGUAAACAAGCCCACGAAGCCCUCGAGGCUCAGAAGAAACUCAAGCGUCCCGCCGCUCCGGCGGACAGCGCCCGCCCAGCCAAGACGACCAAGGGUGCCGGCCUCAAACCUACCACUGCUGCCGCAGCUGCAGUUGUGCCGGACGAGUACUUGCCUCCCAACAAGAUUCUGUUCUUGCGCGAUCUGCCAGACGAUGCCAGCCAGGAGGGUCUUUCCGAAGUCUUUGGCCGUUUCGAAGGCUUCCAGGAAGUCAGAUUGGUGCCCGGCCGCAAGGGUAUUGCCUUCGUCGAGUACGAGACCGAGGCCGGUGCUAUCAGUGCCAAGGAGGCUACUUCAGGUAUGCCUAUGGGCGACCAGAACAAGCCCAUUCGCGUCACAUACCAGAGACAGUAGUUGCUGCCACGAUAGGCACAUUGACGAAAAUGUCCAUGUUAUUAUUAUUUUAUUCGUUUCUAUCUUUCUUCCGGCGUCUUGGAGGGUCAAAUGGAGACUUCAGUCAAUGUUUACUACUAUGUACCUUUCAAUACCAUGGGGUUCGAUUUUGCUGUGGCUACCUCAGAGUAUAUACCCAGGGAACGGAGUAGGUCAAAUGGUAUUUCCGGGAGAUAAGCCGACUAGGUAAACAAGGCUUGCAAGUCACAUAUUGAAGGUUGAGAGUAACAUGAUACAGUGAACAAGAAAAUGCAAGGGAACUAGUAGUCCGAGGUAAAACAAAACGAGAGAUAAAGCACCUAGAAAAUGACAUCAGUAUCCUCCUGCUCGCCUAGGACAUCGGCAGCUUCGGGAGCAGCCUCGGGCUCCGUAGCAAUAACGGCAACCGCUGCUUCCUCUGCCUCUGCCUUUUUCCGGGCUGCAAGAAUCUCGGCAUCAGCGGCAGCAGUGUCUCGCUGCUUCUUGCCGGAGACCUUCUUGAGGCGGUAGAACUCCUCUCGAUCAAGUUCGUCGAGCUCGGAGUUGAUG